AUGCCAUGUACCAUUGACAAGGAAGUGAGGGAGCCUGAUGUUAAUGAGUCUUCCAGAAGAGAAGAUUUAAGAGAGAUAUUCCCAGAAGAGAUAUUCCCAGAAGAGAUAUUCCCAGAAGAGAUAUUCCCAGAAGAGAUAUUCCCAGAAGAGAUAUUCCCAGAAAAGAUAUUCCCAGAAGAGAUAUUCCCAGAAGAGAUAUUCCCAGACGAGAUAUUCCCAGAAGAGAUAUUCCCAGAAGACAUAUUCCCAGAAGAGAUAUUCCAAGAAAAGAUAUUCCAGAAGAGAUAUUCCCAGAAGAGAUAUUUCCAGAAAAGAUAUUCCCAGAAAAGAUAUUCCCAGAAGAGAUAUUCCCAGAAGAGAUAUUCCCAGAAGAGAUAUUCCCAGAAGAGAUAUUCCCACGAGAAGAUUAUAUAA